AUGAACAACUGCUUCGCUUGGAAAGCACACCUCGAAGAACUCGUGAGGGAAGGUCACUGCACGGAAUUCAUCGCUAAGCAGGCCAUCCAACAGAUAGAGGACCGCGACACCGCCAAGGAGCCGCUCCAAAAGGUCAUAAGGAUUAACACAAUCCUAGCCGACUCCGAGUAA